UCGGCGAAAUCUAUCUUGAACCAGAUCGUCAAUAAUUGCAACAUACUCCCCUUGCAGCUCUUAUAAAGAAGUCCGAAUGCGGAUAAGUCAAGUCACGUGUAGACCACGAAGCAUUUCUUGGCGAUGAAGGAAGGCGACGUCAUUUCUAGAUCUUGAAACAUCGAAACUUGGACUUCGGAAAUCUUUUCGAUCGAAUUGUCCAAAGACCAGAGGCCAUCACAAAGCCUUUGAUGUUGGAUGGAAUAGAUUAUCUACAUCGCGGCGCCCCUACCUGCAAAAGUGCAUGAACAAACAACAGAAGGGCAGACAUGUCAACAGAGAAGUACGAAAUCAGUACUCGCGCCGAAUGCGAAAAACUAGUGAAAGAUUGGGGCUUUUCUCAUGUCUUUACCUGGACAGACUCAAGCAACGCUCAUUAUCCACCCCAUUCUCACAAUGGGAUGACUACCCACUUGAUCAGACGAGGUAGUCUCACCAUCACUUACCCAGAGGACAAUGUCAAGCUCCACAAUGGUGAGAUUAAAAAGGAGACGUUUGGCGUUGGGGAUAGAAUCGAUGUGCCGGCGGGAAAGCUCCAUGAGGUUUGGAUUGGGCCGGAGGGUUGUGAGUAUGUCAUUGGAGAGUAGGAUUAGUAGUGAAACAGAAGUACAAUGAUAACCUGGAGUGUUUAUAUGGUUCAAUGUGUCUUGAAUCAGUACAGUUGUCGCUGCAUACGAAGCAAUUGCCCUUCGAUCAUUCCUGAUGUCGGUUGAAUGCGGUACGCAAAGGCCCCUUCAGGAAUUCCCGAAUCAAUUGGCGCCGGUUCCAUUGGUUUGUGUGGUGUU